CCCGAUCCAGUCGCAGUUCUCGUCUAAUCUCGCGCGAAAUCCCGAGAUUACUAAACCGGAGGCGCCAGAAUCAAAACAGUAAGCCGGACAACAAUAUUUUGGUGACUACAUUAAACAGUUGCUGAAUAUACCAAAAUGCCUGUGGAACAGAUUUCCUACUCUGAGAAAUAUUUUGAUGAAAAUUUUGAGUACAGGCAUGUUAUCCUACCACCUGACAUAGCCAAGCUUGUGCCAAAGAAUCAUUUGAUGACGGAGACGGAGUGGAGGAACAUCGGGGUGCAGCAGUCUCCUGGCUGGAUACAUUACAUGGUCCACUCACCGGAACCACAUGUCUUACUGUUUCGACGGCCAGUUCCACAGACACAGAAAACACAGAUUUCUCAAGCUAUAACUACACAGGUACACUAGGGAGUCAUACUACACACAGGUCUGAAGGAAUACAAUGGUGUCCAGAUCCACGGAGAGAAAAUGAUGUCUCGGACAACGGAAGUGACUGAGAACUAACCAACAUGUAAAGGGCAUUCAUUUCAUACUUUAAACUCUGAGUACUUGUUGAUUCAUGACUAAUUUGGUUUUUAUUUUUUUGGUCUAUGAUGGCUUAAUUAUGGAAACUUGUCUGAACAUUCCAAGAAACCUGAUCAAUACUUACUUAUAUUCAUAGGUAUAAAUAUAUACAUUAAAUAUAGUUUUGUUAAUUUCCCUAGAAUGGCAUCUUCAAGGCUUUUAAUUGUUAUAGUAUAUGUAACCAUGGUUACUAGUUUACUAAGCAGAAUUUGUUUAUUGUGGCUGUUAUUUAACUGGGACUUUGACUACCGAAGUGUAGAUUACAGGGUAGAGAAAUCAGGUCACCAGGGAAGGUGAAAUUCACUGUUCUUACUGAAUAAAACCUAUAGUAAGCCGAGUGAAGAUGGAUGAGAUUUAAGGUUGUCUUCUAAAACCUACAGUGCCCCCACCCAUCUAACCAUAAUCCUAUUUCCAUAAAAUAGCAUUUCAAGUUUAGUGUUUGCAACAAACCCAAAACUGGUUCUUCCUGAAAGCCAAUUUCAAUUUGUACUUUCUUAAGGAUUGAAAAUUUAAAAGUUAAUUAACAAAAAUGUAAAUUUGAUAAAAACUGGUGCCUGAUCUUGCUUUCCCAGUUGAAACAUGAUUAUCCUGUUUUCAACAUGAUAUCAUCAAGACUUU